AUGUCUAACCUGGGCCUGGUCGAUCAUUCGCCCUUCAACGCCGAGCCCGCCGCUCCAAUUCCCACCGCCUCCAAUCUCGUUCUCAUUGACAACUACGACUCGUUUACCUGGAACGUCUACCAAUACUUGUGUCUCGAGGGCGCGACCGUCACCGUCUAUCGCAACGAUGGGAUCUCAAUCGACGACUUGAUUGCCAAAAACCCAACCCAGCUGGUCAUCAGUCCCGGUCCUGGACACCCCGAGACAGAUUCUGGUGUUAGCAAGGAUGCCAUUCGUCACUUUGCUGGAAAGAUUCCAAUCUUCGGCGUCUGCAUGGGCGAACAAUGCAUCUACUCGGUCUUUGGUGGUACCGUCGAGAAGACCGGCGAGAUCCUACACGGCAAGACUUCGCCUUUGCGACACGACGGCAAGGGUGUCUACGCCAACAUUCCCCAGGACAUCCCAGUUACCCGCUACCACUCGCUUGCUGGAACUCACCCCACUCUUCCCGAAUGCCUCGAGGUUUCUUCUUGGAUCGCAGUUGGUCCUGACGGAGGAAAGGGCGUUAUCAUGGGUGUGCGCCAUAAGGAAUACGUUAUCGAGGGUGUCCAAUACCACCCCGAGAGUAUCUUGACCGAGCAAGGAAGACUGCAAAUCAAAAAUUUCUUGUACAUGCAGGGUGGCACCUGGUCCGAGAACGAACGUCUGCAGAAAGAGACCAAAUCGAACGCUCAAUCAGCAAAGACCAACGGACAGACCAAGGACAAGCAGACAAACAUUCUCGAGAAGAUCUUCGCCCGUCGCAAGGAAUUGGUCGCUGCUCAGAAAGAAGUCCCCUCGCAGAGACCCAUCGACCUCCAAGCUGCCUACGAUCUGGACCUUUCGCCCCCUCUGAUUUCCUUCGCCGACCGUCUCAAGCAAUCUCCCUACCAAUUGUCCUUGAUGGCUGAGAUUAAACGUGCCUCUCCUUCCAAGGGCAUAAUUUCAAUCUCGACUUGCGCCCCCGCACAGGCCCGUAUCUACGCGCUCGCCGGUGCCAGUACCAUCUCUGUCUUGACCGAGCCGGACUGGUUCAAGGGCAGCAUCGACGACCUCAAGGCUGUCCGCCAAGCGCUGGCUGGCAUGCCCAACCGUCCUGCUGUUUUGCGCAAGGAGUUUGUCUUUGACGAGUAUCAGAUUUUGGAAGCCCGAUUGGCUGGCGCGGACACUGUUCUGCUCAUCGUCAAGAUGCUCGAUAUUGAAACCCUGCACAGGCUAUACAAGUACUCGCAAUCUCUCGGUAUGGAGCCUUUGGUCGAGGUCAAUAACGAGGAGGAAAUGAAGAUCGCUGUCGAGAUGGGCUCGAAGGUCAUCGGUGUCAACAACCGCAACCUUACAAACUUUGAGGUCGAUUUGGAGACCACCAGCCGUCUCAUGUCACUGGUACCAAAGGAGACUGUCGUCUGCGCUCUCAGUGGUAUCGCCGGAUCGCAAGAUGUUGUUCCUUACCAGAAGAACGGUGUCGGUGCUGUCCUUGUUGGCGAGGCUCUGAUGCGCGCCAAGGACACCGCCCAGUUCAUUUCUGAACUGCUCGGCGGCAGUGUUGAAUCGGCACAGAAAGAGUCCAAGAAGUCACCGAUGGUAAAGAUUUGCGGCACUCGCACUCCUGAAGCGGCCAAGGCUGCUGUGGAGGCUGGCGCAGAUUUUAUUGGCAUUAUUCUCGUCAAGGGCCGCAAACGAUGCGUGUCUAACGAGACCGCUCUUCAAAUAUCAAAGGUCAUCCACGAGACGCCGCGCGCUGGAUCAGACAAGGCAGUGACUGGCGAGUCAUUGCCAGUAUCGGCAACGAAUUACUUCGAUCAUGCCUCAUCGUACAACUUGGCCCACCCACGACACGCAUCACUUGUCGGUGUCUUCCAGAACCAGCCACUGUCAUACAUCCUGGAGCAACAAAAGCUUCUGGGUCUUGAUAUUGUGCAACUUCACGGCUCUGAGCCUAUCGAAUGGGCAUCACUUGUUCCCGUUCCUGUCAUUCGCGCUUUCCAUCCUGGUGAUGCUGGUCUUGCUACUCGUGGAUACCAUGCACUACCGCUGGUCGAUUCUGGUGCUGGCGGUUCUGGUGAGCAAGUGGACUUGACAAAGGUCCAAGAGCUCUUACAGAAGGAUAGUGGCCUACGGAUCAUGCUUGCUGGUGGACUUAACCCUAGCAAUGUGAAGAAAGUGUUCAGUGGACUUACCUCGAGCAUAAGUCAAGUUGCUAUUUUGGAUGUCAGCAGUGGAGUCGAGGAGAACGGCGAGCAGAGUCUAUCAAAGAUCCGCGAGUUCGUCACUGCUGUCAAGACUGGCGCUUGA